AUGGCUAGUGAAGAUAACACGAGUCUUCGUGUUGCCUCAUUUUCUUGUUACCUUGACAGUACCGCAAAAGAAAACUUGGUGCAAAUCUCAGCAAAAGAUACUAAGAAGUUACCAUUCAGCCAAGAUAGCCUUGCAAGUCUCAGGGUGGACUCAUUUUCUUAUCUCAAUACUGCUGGAGAGAACUUUGUUUUUGCGGUCCCGGUGCCAGUUCAGGAUCCAGCUCCAGCUUUCAGUUUCCCACAGGAGACUCCAUAUCCAAUAAGUUUCGAAAGAACCAAGAGUAAAGAUGGUGAAAUCGGUGUAUUUGACAUGAAACUGGAUUAUAAGGGACCUUGUUUCGAUAAGAAAUCUGUUCAUGUUAAUGAAAUUGUCAUGCCUGGAACAAUCUGUGAAUCAAAGCCCACUCGAACUAGAUCAAAAAGGGUCGACCAUUUUGCAGUCCAGGUUCCCAAUUCCAGGGCAAAAAAUUUGACAGCUGAGGAGGAAGAGUUGAAGGAAAAAACACCAGACAAGCCCGGGAGAUCACUUGAAGUGUUUGGCUCGUGCAGCUCGUCUAUAUACAAGGAACCUGGAGAGAAAGCUCUCCAUGCACGGAGAAGCUGUAAUGAAGAGGAGAUCGAAGAUCACUGCUUGCGGCUCUGUACAGAUCGGCGGUGGUGGUGGUUCUCCGUGCCUAAUCGACAAUGGUGGUUGCGGGUUUGUGCGCCGUCGCCACCAGCUGUAAUGAAGAAGGGAUCGGAGCGUUCGGUGAUUAGGUGUUGCGGUGGCUUCUGUCUCCGCUGUGCAGUGCCUUUCCUUGCAGCGCCGUGCGUGGUGGUCGGUCGGCGCUGUGUUUUGUUUUUUUUUUUUUGUGGAGUGAGGACGACUGGAUGGUGGUGGAGCGCCGUUGGUGUUGAUGAUGGUGGUGGCACCGUAGGGAGUGGAGUGGGGUGGGGCCGUGAACUUGGUGGCUCAACUGGUCAUGAGAUUCAGCAUCGUCGUUACUCCCCAAUGGCGAUGAAAGGCUAUAGAGGUAGUGUUGCGCAGCGAGAGGCUAUGGAGGUGGUGGCUGCACAGUAUAGAUGA